AUGCUUUUGAACGAGGAGGUUAAUUCCUUCAUCUGCAAGGACUUGAAAGUGCUGUAUGGUUGUUUCUUGAAGGAUUUGCAGGUGCAGAGCCACGUGUCUGGAGGUGCUCUGGGGCUGAGGGGCUGCUCAGGACACGUUGCCUCAGCCCGUGAGGCAGAGGUGAAGAACAUGAGGGCUGUGCUCCCCCAGCCCCAAAGUGGGGUGAACAGCCCCAAAAUCCCACCCGAAGCCACCAUCUCCCUCACGACGCUCAAGGAACGACUGAAUGUGGCCCUUGGUGGCACGGUCUAUGUGACAUUGCGUUUAGAGGCGGUACUCGAUCUCGGAGGUCUUUUCCAACCGAAUGGAUUCUGCGAUUCCGUUACCGCCACCACUGGUUCCGCCGCUCUGCGACUGUCGCGACACCGGGAGGCGGCACCGCCGCACUACUUCCCGUCCCGGGAGCGGAAGGAUUCCGCAAUGCGAGGAUCAAAACCAGGGAAAAACGUCCAGCUUCAAGAGAAUGAAAUUAGAGGACUGUGCUUGAAAUCCAGAGAAAUCUUCCUGAGUCAGCCUAUUCUACUAGAACUUGAAGCUCCACUGAAAAUCUGUGGGGACAUCCAUGGACAAUACUAUGACUUGCUCCGACUCUUUGAAUAUGGGGGUUUUCCACCAGAAAGCAACUACCUGUUCCUUGGCGAUUAUGUUGACAGAGGAAAACAGUCUUUAGAAACCAUUUGUCUUCUAUUGGCCUACAAAAUUAAAUACCCUGAGAAUUUUUUCCUCCUCCGAGGGAACCACGAAUGUGCCAGCAUCAAUAGAAUUUAUGGGUUUUAUGAUGAAUGUAAGAGAAGAUACAAUAUUAAACUGUGGAAAACCUUCACAGACUGUUUUAACUGUUUACCAAUUGCAGCUAUUGUGGAUGAGAAAAUAUUCUGCUGUCACGGGGGUUUGUCACCAGACCUGCAGUCCAUGGAGCAGAUCAGACGAAUCAUGCGCCCCACGGACGUACCCGACCAAGGUCUCCUGUGUGAUCUGCUGUGGUCUGACCCUGACAAGGAUGUCUUGGGCUGGGGUGAAAAUGACAGAGGAGUGUCCUUCACUUUUGGUGCUGAAGUGGUUGCUAAGUUUCUCCAUAAACAUGAUUUGGAUCUCAUAUGUAGAGCUCAUCAGGUGGUUGAAGAUGGAUAUGAGUUUUUUGCAAAAAGACAGUUGGUAACUCUCUUUUCUGCCCCAAAUUACUGUGGAGAAUUUGAUAACGCGGGUGCCAUGAUGAGCGUGGAUGAAACACUAAUGUGCUCUUUCCAGAUUUUGAAACCUGCAGAGAAGAAGAAGCCCAAUUCCAGCAGACCUGUAACACCUCCCAGGGGUAUGAUCACAAAACAAGCCAAGAAAUAGUCACUUGGGCACUGCCUUGUUGGGACUUGUAUCAUAGUCUAUAACCUCCAUUUUUAAACCUAUCAUGUGUGCUGUUCAGCUUGCUCAAAAUAGAUAAUGUGUUUGUGGUUUUCCUUUCCAUUUGAUGAGUGGCAUUUGCUGGUUAUAACAGCGAAUGAAAGACUUUGCUCCCUCCCAGGAAAAGAGUUGGAAAGUCCCCCUGUGUCGGUGUUCCAGCUGCACACUCCACAGCAUCUCCCCUCCAGCCGGGUAAGCGCGAGGCUGGCGGGACCUGAACCAUGAGUAGUGUAAAUCUUGUUCUUUAGGAUCUAAAGAGGGCACUCGUGUGCUGUGAGAGUAGAGAUUGUCCUGUCAGCGAUUGCAUACUGUUUAUACAAACCACUGUGAACUUUUUUUACGUUCAGCUUUGUUUUAAAGGGAUUUCUUUUAAUGUCUUGUCAUGUACACCUUAGUUUUAUUGCUGUCGACAUUAGGAGUACCCUUCAACCUUGCCAGCACCACUGGUAGGAUGUAUAUUUAAUUCAGACACACAUCCCUCUCUGUAUACUUCAAAUGACAAAGCCAUUCUUUUAAGUGUUUGUGUCUCUUUCCUGAAGCCAAAGUUCGCUUAGAAACCCGUUUGUACACAGCCCUCCUGCCGAGCUGGCCGGGCUUCCUAUCCACGCCUUCCUCUCGGAGAGAAAAGGAAGUGCUGGCUGCAAAUAGCAAACAGAGAGGCUUGUCCGUGCUCACAGUAAACACGUUUUUGUACAGUUGGUGUGUUCAGCUGAGCAGAUCCCAGUGCUGAGACAGCACUCCUGGGGCAGUGACACAAAUGGCUCUGGGAGUACGGAAAUGGCUCUGGAUCUGCUGCAAGGGGGUUGUGCAUUUCAGCAUAAAGACUUUGUUCUACAAAGAAACCUAGAAACUCGCCUGAUAAGCCAACCAGAGGUGUUGAUCUUAAUCACCGGUUUAUAUAAAUCUCUCACAGAAUCUUGUUUUUUAAAAACUGUUGAUCUUUUUUGAACAGAUGACAGUGUACAAUAUCAUGUAGUGAAAAUCACUUAUUAAAUGAAGAAAUUGUUAAAUCUUCUCAGUGUCGGUUUAUCACAACAUAUACACUACUGCUCUCCCAGGGCCUGACUUAGAGAAAUAAAUUGUUCUGGAAACCCA